AAAAAAAAACAAAUUUGCAUGGCUGAGCUAUGCAAAUACAGAUCAAAGAAGAAGAAAAGUCAACGGCAAGAAAACGACAAAAGGUAGUUAUUAACCGACAACCAAUCAUCAACAACCACCCAUUAUGAAGGCUUGGGAGGCGACGGUCCGGAAAACACAGGCGGCGGCGAAGAAACGAGCCAACACGAUCUUCGGCACGUCCUACGCCGUCGAUCCAAACAUAGUCGCCGGCGCCGGCGCCGGCGAAGGAGAAGAGGAGAACGAGUCCGACCACCACCCGAACCAUGAGGAAGACGAGUUCCACGCGAGCGGCGAGGUCUACCACGCGGAGAGGUUUCUCCCGAACGGAGAUUACUACACCGGCUACUGGGCGGACAACUUCCCCCACGGCCAGGGUAAAUACUGGUGGACCGACGGCUGCAUGUACGUCGGAGAAUGGUUCCGCGGCAAGAGCAUGGGGAGGGGGAUCUUCAGCUGGCCUUCCGGCGCAAUGUACGAGGGCAAUUUCAAGAGCGGCUUCAUGGACGGAGAAGGCACCUACACCGGCGCCAUCGGCGGCACCUACCGCGGCGCGUGGGUUAUGAACCUCAAGCACGGCCACGGCGUGAAGGAGUACGUCAACGGCGACUCGUACGAGGGCGACUGGAGCCGCGGCUCCCAGGAGGGGCAAGGCAAGUACCAAUGGAAGAACGGCAACCACUACGUCGGCGAAUGGAAAAACGGUAAGAUAUGCGGCCACGGGACGAUGCAUUGGACGAACGGCAACGUUUACGAGGGUAAUUGGGAGGACGGCCUCCCGAAGGGGAACGGUACUUUCAAAUGGCCCGACGGUAGCUUCUACGUCGGGCACUGGAGCAGCGACCCCGGCGAGCAGAACGGGACGUACUACCCGUCGGGGUCGCUGCUCGAGGGCGGGAACCUCGAGUGGGACCCGCAGGAGGUUUUCAGUAAAGAUCUGAAGGAAUGCAAAGUGUGCGCGACGGAGAAGGUUCCGAUCUGGCCGUCGCAGAAGAAACUGGCUGUCUGGAGGUCGUCUAAAGGGUCGGAUCCCAGCGUCAGGCCGAGGAGGAUGUCGGUCGACGGCAGGAUCGAUGCGGGCGUGGAUAAGGAUCUGGGCGGCAUGCGGUUGUCCGACGGUGCCGCCCCUUCGCCCUGGAACGUCAGUGCCGUCGACAGGGCGGGGAACGAGGGGGACGAUGUUUUCGUCGGGUUGCAAUGUGAGGGUAUGAUGAAUCUUAGGGGGACACCAUUGAGGAUACCUAAGAUGGUUAAGAGGCAAGGGGAGACUAUCUCUAAAGGCCAUAGGAAUUAUGAUCUCAUGCUCAAUUUGCAAUUGGGGAUUAGGCAUUCGGUAGGAAGACCAGGGCCGCCUCCGUCGCUUGAUCUAAAGCCAUCGGCUUUCGAUCCAAAGGAGAAAUUUUGGACGAAAUUUCCGCCCGAGGGUUCGAAAAUCACUCCACCUCAUCAAUCGUGUGAAUUUAAAUGGAAGGACUACUGUCCCAAAGUGUUCCGGACACUUAGGAUGUUGUUCAAGGUUGAUGCAGCAGAUUACAUGCUGUCCAUAUGUGGUAAUGAUGCUUUAAGAGAACUUUCGUCUCCCGGUAAAAGCGGAAGCUUCUUUUACUUGACUAACGAUGACCGUUACAUGAUCAAGACCAUGAAAAAAGCCGAAGUAAAAGUGCUUCUGAGGAUGCUAAACGCGUACUACAAUCACGUUCGAGCAUUCGAGAACACUCUAGUGACUAAAUACUAUGGACUUCACUGUGUUAAGUUGAAUGGACAGAAGGUGAGGUUCAUAAUCAUGGGAAACCUAUUCUGCUCAGAAUAUAUGAUCCACAGAAGAUAUGAUUUGAAAGGAUCAACUUUCGGUAGAUUAACCGACAAACCAGAAUCCGAAAUCGACGCAAAUACGACACUCAAAGAUCUCGAUCUCAACUUCAUUUUCCGACUUCAAAAGACAUGGUUUCAAGAAUUUCGAAGACAAGUUGAUAGGGACUGUGAGUUUCUUGAACAAGAGAGAAUUAUGGACUACAGCCUUUUGGUUGGCCUUCAUUUCAUGGAAGCAUCGAACGAUGAUAUUACCCCGUCCGGUUCCGUAACGCCUAUCGGUAAUUACUCAGACGAAGCAGUUCCUCGUUUAUCCAGAGCCGAUGUAGACCAGUUGCUUCUAGACCCUGCAGGGUGGGCAAGCAUAAGAUUGGGAAUCAACAUGCCGGCGAGAGUUGAAAGAACAGAGAGAAACAACGAUGCCGCGGAGUUUCAGUUAGUAGGAGAGCCGACGGGCGAAUACUAUGAUGUAAUAUUGUUCUUUGGGAUAAUAGACAUUCUUCAAGAUUACGAUAUUACCAAGAAACUCGAACAUGCAUACAAGUCUAUACAGUACGACCCUAACUCCAUAUCGGCCGUUGAUCCGAAGCAGUAUUCGAGGCGCUUUCGUGACUAUGUAUUGAAAGCUUUUGCAGAAGAUACAUGAAAAA